GUAGGCAACUAAGUUUACACUUUGCUUUUUUGCACAUUCUUCAAGAGUUUGCAACAAUAUGCAUUACUUUUAUUACUUACAAACUUAUACAAUAUAUUAGUACAUUUAUACAGAAGUUUAUUAUCUACAAUAUGGACUCUUUGUUUAUUCGACGCGAUUUAUUAUUGCAUUACUGCGCAUGUGCGUGCCUUCAAUAUCUGCGUUUCGACAUUCGCCAGUGGCUCUUGUUUUCUGUAAACAAAAAUAUGUCUGGUGAUUCGAAAAGCAAUGCACAAACAACAAGUGACUACCUCAGCUAUUACCUGACGACGAACGCAGACUCAAUAUGUCGAAUAUGUCUGGAGAAGGCUUCCAAACUCGUGCCAAUCUUCGACGCAAGCAAACCGCCGAGUUUCUCCAUACUUAUCAUGGCAUGUGCUUCAGUACAGAUAUCCCAGGAUGACAAUUUGCCUGGAAAUAUAUGCACAAAAUGCAUAUCCAAAUUAAAUAUAGCCUUCCAAAUCAAAACUCAAUGUGAAAUGGCAGACGCCAGAUUGCGCCAAGCAUUGGAAAACAUGCAGCGCAUUCAGGCCGCGAAAAAUCCCGAUGUCCACAUUGCAACACUUCAACAACAUCCAGAGGAAAACGAAAAGAACGAUAACGUAAUACUAUACAGCGACGGUUUAGAAAACGCAGCAAUAAAAUAUGAAUUACUUGAAGUUUCCACAGUUCAAAUGCAAAACAAAGAGUUAACAUUUAAUUCUGAUGAUCAACUAAUACUAAACUCAGCAGAAUCAUUACAAUUACAACAAUUGGUUGAUAAUUCACCAGUGCCAACAAGUUAUAUAGAAUUUAAUAAUGUAACUGCAAGACCUGAAGAAAAUAAUAAGCAAAACAAUACAAAAUGCGCCGCUAAAAAGAACAAAGUUCAAAAUGCGCAGAGUAAGGAUCACAGAUGUGACAUGUGCAAUAAAGUCUUCUUUUCGAAGCCGUGUCUGGUGCGACACAUACGAAUCCACACCGGAGAACGACCUUACGUGUGUCAUUUGUGCGAUAAGCGAUUUAUCAACGGUGGACAUUUGCAUACGCACAUGCGGACGCAUACGGGUGAGAAAAAUCACGUGUGUUCUGCUUGUCCGAAGGCUUUUGCAACUGCCCAACAGUUGACAAAGCAUACGAUUGCGAUACAUACUGGCGAGAGACCUUACGCAUGUGUGUACUGUCCGAAGAGGUUUGCAAGUUCAAGUAAUCUCAAUACACACGUUAAAAUUCAUACCGGCGAGAAGAAUUACUACUGCGAUCAAUGCGGAAAAGCGUUUAGUACGAAAGGGCAGCUGGAUCAGCACAUGCUGGUGCAUACGGGUGAGAAAGCAUUUUUGUGUGAAUUUUGUCAGAAGCGAUUCUCGCAGAAGGCGCAUCUUGUAAGACAUUCAAAAAUGCAUCGAAAAGAAGAUGCGGACGUACAAAAAUCAAAGUUUUAAGAUAUUUAUUUUGUGUUUAAUGUAUGAUUAGAAACGUGAUUAAUAUGUUGUAAGUGUUACAUAGUUUUAUUCAAAACCAAUAAAUUUGUUUAAAAUUA